AUGACAUUUAACGAUGUUUAUGCUGUUAAAGAACGGUUUAGGAAAGAGUUGCAGGGUUUAGGAAAGAGUUGCACUUCAUCAAAUUCUUCUAAAAGCUCUCGAAAGAAUGUAACUCUAAGUUUCUUGUUUAUUUUAACAUUUAAUAGGAUUAUGGAUAAUCUAGAGCGUGGCUCGAUGUACGACAGGUUGGAUGGUCGAGGGGGUAUUAAUUCUAGUUUCAUAACUGGUGUUAAUAAGUUUCUUGAGUUCUCAUGUUCUCAAAGAAACCGCAUGAGUGGUGACGAUGUCAAAUGUCCGUGUAAAAAAUGUCACACUAUUAAAUUCAUGGAUGUUGAAACCGUUAAAUUGCACCUUCAAUCGUUUGGAUUUGCUGAGAACUAUUUUGUUUGGAAGUAUCAAGGGGAAAAAGAAGUGACCGGUGAGAUGUAUAGUGAUUUACAUAGUGGUACUCAACCUGAAUUGGGAUAUGAUAAUCCAUAUCGCCAAAUGGUUUUAGAUGCAGCUGGACCGAACUUUGUCCAGGGUUCGAGUAAUACUCAACCUGAGUCAUCUCAUCACUGUGAACCUUUGGUGGAGGAGGAAUCUAAUCCUUCAAUGGAGGAGGAGCCUAAUCUUGAGUCCCAGAGGUUUUAUGAUUUGCUACAAGCCGCUGAUGCAAAAUUGUAUCCUGGUUCUUCCCUCUCUCAACUCGCAGUAGUUUCUAGGAUGUUAAAUAUUAAAAGUGAGAAUACUUUGUCACAGAAGGGUUAUAAUCAAAUCACUACAACAAAUCUCACUAUUUGUGACGAAUUGUUUUGUCACUUAAAAGUCAUAUUUCGUCACAAAAAAAUCAUUCGUGACAAAAAGAAAAUCGUCAACCUUUCGUCCUUAAAAGUGGGUCGCUAA